AUGGAGGCCAACUACACCUCAGAUUUCCGGGAAUUAUUUGAAAACCUCACUAAAAUCGUGAAGGUCAAGAUUAUGAAUGAGAUCAAAAGGCUGUCUGGUGAUUCUGAAGCUUGCAGAGGCCCAGACCUGCUUGCAGGUCUUGGCUGGGCCAAGACCCAAAGCGUGGGCAGGAAACGUGGGGGCUGGGGGCGCUUUAACCAGGCUGAUGCUUACUGCCCACCCUUCACCCCAGAGCAGUGCUCUCAGAAGCCCGCGAAGGACUAUGCUCAGUUCUACUAUGUGGAGGGACUGGGUGGGAAGCUGGCCUGUGUGACCAAGGGCACCUCGGGGACGAAGUUGUCACCGAACUGUCAUGAGCGUGGAAGCCAGCUGCAACGAAGCAGCCCCGCUGCCUGUGAGCAUCCAGCCCCUUUAAGGCCAGCGCCCACGCUCCCUGGUGGUAGGACCGCACUCGCCACCACAGUCGUGGAGCAGGGAUGGCCGACCUCGGACACACGGUACUGGGGAGAGACUUGUGCCUUGAGCACCGGCAAGAGCCUGGUGUACAGGAGGGACUGUGGGAGCACUGCUGGGGGUCACAACAGUGGUCCUCACCAUCUCCCUCUGCAGAUCCCAGAGAAAACCGCGCAGGCAAGACUACAAUCCGUCUUGAGAGUGGCACGGAGAAGAUGUUCUGGCAGCUUCCAGAACACAGGCAUCUGGGAAGGUACUCCUCACCAGGGGCAAGCUGGUGGGUCGAGAAAGGCCAAGAAGAUGUGUGGCCAGACUCAAGCCUGGCUGUGGGUGCCAGCUGGUUUUGUGUGUGCUGGGCUGCCAGGCUCUGCCCCUCCUCUGCAGCCAGCCCCUGCCAGGCCUCGUCUUUUCUCAGCUCUUUUCUAUCACUCCCGUCUGCACGUGGCCCAUGCUCACCGUGUCCCUCCUCCGUGCCAGACUGUACCACUGUCUGGAAGGUUCUCCUCGCUGGGGGCUCUGCACGUCCCAAUCCCGCUCUGUUUCCAAGAUCUGGUUCAAACACUGCCCCUCCACAGAGCCUCCCGUAUGUUCUGUUUCCCAGCUGCCAUGGAAAACCAUGUCACAUCUGCUCUGAUCUCUCACUGCACGAGAUGAACGAUCUCUGUCCCCCACCCUCCCUGCCCCUGGGCAGGUCCUGCCCUACCAGUUCCUCCUGACAAACACCAAGGAAGGGCUACAGGCAUGGCUGAGAGCCAGAUCCUGCCCCCAGAGACCAGCCCCUGGGAGAGCAUCAGAUGCACACAGCUAGUGGGAGGACAGGACCGUGCCC